CAGUCACAUACACACAUACGAGCGCAGGCACGCUCAAACAGGAGAUUUAUAUACAAUCACAUAUAUAUUUUCAGAUAUAUAAAACACAUUUUAGGCAUACAGACAACACAAGCACACAUACUCAAAAAUUUCGAUUCGGCAACUUCAAAGUAUUGUAAACAUAACCUUACAAAAAAUACAUUAAAAAUUUCAAAAGAAUCAAAAUGCCGUCGGACGCUAAGAAACGGGAUGCGCAACGCAAAAAGGAUGCGCGCAACAAGAAAAUCCAACAGAUACCAUCCACAAAGAAGAUGAAUGGCAAUGCCAACGGCCUAGAUCGGGAAAUGACCGAGGAGGAGAAAUUGUGCGCCAAGCUCGAGGAGGAGGCUAGAAUCAGUGCCGAGGCUAGAUCCUGCACUGGCUCUCUGGCCGUGCAUCCAAGAUCACGUGACGUGAAGAUUGCCAACUUUUCAAUAACGUUCUUCGGCUCGGAGCUGCUGCAGGACACAAUGUUGGAGCUGAACUGUGGCCGACGCUAUGGCCUGAUCGGUCUGAAUGGCUGCGGCAAGUCAUCGCUGCUCGCCGUCCUUGGCAGGCGCGAGGUGCCCAUACCGCCACACAUUGAUAUAUUCCAUUUGACGCGAGAGAUACCGGCCAGCACGAAAAGUGCGCUGCAGUGCGUCAUGGAGGUGGACGAGGAGCGCAUCAAGCUGGAGAAACUGGCCGAGGAGCUGGCCAUGAGCGAUGAGGACGAUGCCCAAGAGCAGUUGAUCGAUAUCUACGAGCGCCUGGACGAUAUGUCCGCCGAUCAAGCCGAGGCCAAGGCAGCACGCAUCCUCCACGGUCUCGGAUUCGAUAAGGCCAUGCAACAGAAGCAAGCCAAGGAUUUCUCUGGUGGUUGGCGUAUGCGAAUUGCACUGGCGCGCGCUCUAUUUGUUAAGCCGCAUCUGUUGCUGCUGGACGAGCCGACAAACCAUUUGGAUUUGGACGCGUGCGUGUGGCUGGAGGAGGAGCUGAAGACAUAUAAGCGCAUCCUGGUCCUCAUCUCACACUCGCAGGACUUUCUUAAUGGCGUCUGUACGAACAUCAUUCACUUGACGGGCAAACGCUUGAAAUACUAUACGGGCAACUAUGAGGCUUUUGUGCGCACCCGCAUGGAGCUGCUGGAGAACCAGAUGAAGCAGUAUAACUGGGAACAGGAUCAGAUUGCACACAUGAAGAACUACAUAGCUCGCUUCGGUCACGGCUCGGCCAAAUUGGCCAGGCAAGCACAAUCCAAGGAGAAGACACUGGCCAAGAUGGUUGCCCAAGGUUUAACCGAGAAGGUGACCGACGACAAGGUGCUCAAUUUCUAUUUCCCAUCAUGUGGCAAGGUGCCGCCACCUGUGAUUAUGGUUCAGAAUGUCAACUUCCGAUACAACGAUGAAACUCCGUGGAUCUAUAAGAACCUUGAGUUUGGUAUUGAUUUGGACACGCGUCUCGCCCUGGUAGGCCCCAACGGAGCUGGCAAAUCGACGCUGCUGAAGCUGCUCUACGGCGAUCUGGUGCCCACAUCUGGCAUGAUACGUAAGAACUCACAUUUACGCAUCGCUCGCUAUCAUCAGCAUCUGCACGAGCUGCUCGACCUGGAUGCUAGUCCAUUGGAGUAUAUGAUGCGCGCCUUUCCCGACGUCAAGGAGAAGGAGGAGAUGCGCAAGAUAAUUGGACGAUAUGGCUUGACAGGACGGCAGCAGGUGUGCCCCAUACGCCAGCUGUCGGAUGGCCAACGUUGUCGCGUUGUCUUUGCCUGGCUGGCCUGGCAGGUGCCUCAUUUGCUGCUACUCGACGAACCUACAAAUCAUUUGGAUAUGGAGACCAUCGAUGCUCUGGCGGAUGCCAUCAAUGAUUUCGAUGGUGGCAUGGUGCUAGUUAGUCACGAUUUCCGUCUGAUCAAUCAGGUUGCUGAAGAGAUUUGGGUUUGUGAGAAGGAGACGGUGACCAAGUGGAAGGGUGGCAUUUUGGACUACAAGGAUCACUUGAAGAAUAAGAUUACCUCCGAGAACGAGAAGAAGGCCAAGGCCGCCAAUAAAUAGUUAGCUACAGAAACACCCACACACGCACAUAUAUCUAUAUAUAUAUGCAUACAACACACAAACACACACACACUCGUAUACUCUGAAAUACAGCUUGAAAACUCUCUUCUGGAAAAA